UCGCGUCUUCUUCCUCACCUGUGACGAAGCACUCUAAGGAAACGCUGGCUGAACUUUGCCCGCUUCGGUUUUAUUUUAGCAUUUUGCUAAGUCGCGCUGUUUUGUUUAUUUGUCUAUUUUUUUAAUAUUAAUUGUGUUUAUUUAAAAAAAACAAGAUGUGGUUUAUUUAUUUGCUUAGCUGGGUGUCCUUGUUAAUACAGGUAUCCUUUGUCACCCUCGCUAUUGCUGCAGGUCUGUACUACCUGGCAGAGUUGAUAGAGGAGUACACAGUCGCCACCAGUCGAAUAAUAAAAUACAUGAUAAUGAUCUCCACAGCUGUACUGACAGGACUGUACUUGUUUGAGGGCUUUCCCAUGCUCAUGAUUGGAGUUGGCCUCUUCACUAACCUGGUGUACUUUGGCCUGCUGCAAACAUUCCCUUACAUUAUGCUCAGCUCACCAAACUUCAUCCUGUCAUGUAUCCUGGUGGUGAUUAAUCACUAUAUGGCCUUCCAGUACUUUGCAGAGGAGUACUAUGGGUUUUCAGAGGUUCUGGCGUACUUCACAAUUUGCCUGUGGGUGAUACCUUUUUCUUUCUUUGUAUCCCUGUCUGCUGGAGAGAACAUUCUUCCAUCUACAAUGCAGCAAGGAGAUGAUGUGGUGUCAAACUACUUUACCAAAGGGAAGAGGGGCAAACGCUCCGGGAUCCUUCUGAUAUUUUCCUUCCUGAAAGAGGCUGUUUUGCCAAGCAGACAGAAAAUGUACUGAAGCACUAAAGUUAAGGGUUAGAGGACAGACAGAGGGCUUGGGAAGGGGUGAGUGAGGGGUUAAGGGCAGGGUUGCCAGGUGUCCUAGUGAACCGGAUUCAUGGGAUGAGAAGAGAGGGGGAUUUUUAUGGGGCCGAAAGAUAAAAGAACUAGAGAGAGAAUCUGUGAAGUAUCACAUCGAGACGGAUGCACACAACCUGCCACGGACAUACAAGCUCUUCAACUGAACUAACAUGUCUGUUUCUCUGUCUGUCCAUCUGUUUUAAAUGAAGUGAGCACAGCCUAUUAAUGCUCCGUGUGACCCUCAGCCAUGGAAUGUCUUCAGGCUCUGGCUUCCCCUACAGACAUUAUUAAGGCUGAUUUGGGACUGAAAUGACCAGGAGUGACAAUUGUCAAUUUUGGUGUAAACCUUUUGUGUCUGAAAUUUUGUUCUAAAAGUCUUUCAUUUUUAAAGGCUUGAAUCAUAGACAUGUGAUGCCGUGUCUCUAGCUGGUUGGUAUGGGCUUUUUUUUUUUUGUUUUUUUGCUUAAUUUGAUGACAGCAAUACGAUCAGUAGUUGAUGAUGGAAAAAGAUCUUUAUAUAAUUUGUUGUUUCACAGUCAUCUAGGCAUUUGGUCGUGAUUUUAUUCAUUGUAAGCUGUAAAGAACAAAAUAGUUUGCCUAAACAUUUCUGAAGUAACAAUGGCAUAUAAAAGAUCAACAGAUUCUUACAUUUAUUAUAGAGAAGCCAGAAAAUGCUCAUUACAAAUAAGUGGAGUUUGUUAGUCAUUACAUUCUUUAUAAUGUUGAAAAGCAGUAACAGUGCUUGUCGUUGUUUUUUUCUUUUUUUCUUUUUUUUUUAAAUCCAUAUGAAUUAGACCACAGUGGUCUUUCCUCAAAUGUCUUUCCACACAUGCAUUUAAUAAAUUGACAGUUAAAUUAGA